AUGUCUUUUUAGUCGAUCACGACAUGUCAAAGCUUGAAAACUAAUUUUCUAACAAUAUAAAACUAAAUGUCAAAUUUUAAUGGAAAUAGCAAGAAAUAGGUGGAUUUUUUUUUAAGUGCUGUGUAAAAGUGACCCAUAAGGAUUAUUUCAAACAUGAAACUUCUUUUGGUAACUCUUUACAUUUUAAUUGGCUCUUCAGUGACCUUGUCAAUUGAUGUGGAGAAUGCAAACGAAACUGAAAUUGAAACACUGAAAAAUGUCGAUUUCGGUGAAAUGGAAUCUGACAGUGAAUUACAAGAAUUUCCAAGAAAAAGAGAUUCCGGAUAUAAUUACGAGAAACCGAUUCGCUACAAUAGACUUAAUUUUCGAUCGAGAAAUAGAGGACGAUUAAAUAAACAUCGUAAUCAAUUGAAUCGUCCAUUUAAUCUUUAUGGUCCACCUAAAAUUCAUGAACCAAAUCAAAAUCAACAACGACCCAAUAAUCAACAUCGUGAGCCAAAUCAACCCUCAGAAAAUUUACAUCAAGGCAUUUCUCAAUCAAUGAAAAAUCACGAAUUUUCUGAACCUGAUCCAAUACCAGAACAAAAUGAUUAUCCAUUUCUCACUGGUACUGCCAAUUAUUUACCACCUAAAAAUCAAAAGCUACCAUCACAUUCCGCAAUGAGUGCAUUUUCCGAACAACAAAAUUUUAAUGAAAAUAUGCAAGAUAAUCGAAUAUCUGAUGCAGCACUUUUUCUCCAACAAAAUGCACAAUCGUUGUCACAACUUUAUGGAGCACCUGCUCUCAAUCAGGAUUAUGCUCCAAAUAAUGAAUAUCUUAAUCAAUUGUCAAAUCAACAGCAAAAUAAUUUACACUCGCAAAAUGUUGUAGAAAAUUCAAAAUUUCCAGGACCACUACCGUCAUACGCGUCUGGAAUACUAAAUCCACAGGAGACACUUGCAAAUAUUCAGUCCUUGGAAAAAGACAGAUUGAUCGCUCAGUUACGUUUGGCUCUGGAAAAUCAAGCUCAGAUUCAAAAUUCACUACCUUUAGGAAGACAUUCUCCUGCUGUUGAAAAUGUUCAUCAUCAAACUGGAAAUGGAGAUGCAAAUCUAGAAGAUCAACAAUUGGUGAGUCCUAGUGUAUUCGGUGGUGAACGUACUGCUUUUGGUCACUCAUCUUUCUUAUCUGGAUCUGCCAUCAGCUCUCCAGGGUUGAGAAUCACUUACGGUCUACCAUCAUCCAGCCAAGUACCAAUCUCAUCAGUAGCAACUCCAAUUCGACCGCAGGUACCACUAUCAGGGUCUAGCAGUCCAUCAGAAUCGGCUGGAUCAGGAGCAGUUACUCCCACACUUGCACCUGGAUCACUUAAACCUGGAUCAGCAUUCAUUCCCAAUUUUCCUCACUAUGGAACCUAUAUUCCAAGUCUGAUUCCUGGAACAAAUUUCAUCGCUAAUAUACCAUCUGGUUUAUUGGGCAACAAUUUUAUUCCUGUUCCAAAUAAUCCAAGUAGCUCUUCUCCAACUCACUUUGGAAUUCCGAUUCCAACAAUUCCAGAUCAAAAACCAGUUUCUGGAACACCUACUCUAUCAAUACCGUCAAAUAAGCCAGGAGUACAAUUUUCCUCUCCAAGUCAUUCUGUUUAUCCAAUUAAUACAGUUGCAAUUCCAGCGCAACCAAUUUAUCCGAUUUCAAAUCCAGUUCAUUCAGUUGUCAAUCCAAUUCAACCAGCUGCAAAACCAAUACAAACAAUUCGACCAGUUACAGCUUAUCCAGAAGUAACACCAGCAGUACCUCCAACUUAUGGAGUUCAAUCAAGUAUUCUAAAUUCUUUAUUAAUAAAGCCUGUGAAACCUGUGAUUCCAUUAUACUAUUAUCCAAACGUGAACCUUCAAAUUCCAAAACCUUCACUAACGACAAAUCCUUGGAAUUAUGCUACGACGCUUCAACAAGCGAAACCUAAUUGGAAACGAUAAUUACAAUAUAAAUUAUAUUAAUUUUAAACGAGAUAUAUUACCAAGUGUGGUUGAUAUGACGUUUGCACUUUGUCCUCUAUGCAGAAGGGAUUGUAAAUACAUGUAAUAUUUAUUAUUUUUUAAUAAAAAAACACUACUUUUUUCUA